CCAUUGAGCGACACGUGUCACCAGCUCCCACCCCCCGCGCCACUCGAUUUUUUUUUCUCCCUUCCCUCUUUCUCAAUCAUAAAACCAAAGAGACAGAGUCUUCACCGCAACCAAAUUCCUUUCUCCCCCUUAUCUCGCCGUCGGAAUUUCCACCCUCUAAUCCCUUCUUCUUCCCCAGAGCUCUAUCUCUUCUCUUCUGGUCUCUCGUCCCUCGCCAAUGGCGGAUUGACCUGAUUAGGUCUUUGUUUUUGUUUGUCUUUUUCCUUUUCCUUCUUGGGCGUGACGAAGAUGAAACAGGGGAACAACUGCUCUCUCCUACCCUCUUACUUCGAAGAACACGAGCACGAAGUCGCCUCAAUUCUGCUUGACCUUCCUCUUGUAAUCGACCAAUCCAAACCCUCCGCCGCCUCCGCCUCGUCGCAUCAUUCCAUUCCGUUCUUCUGGUCCGGCAAGCGGAAGAGAUCUUGUCUCUCUCGCGGAGGCCGAAUCGAUUCCUCGCCUUCAACUGCAGCAUUAUCUCCGAGCCCGUCUCUUCGUGAUGCCCAGCAGCCGUUGGCGGCGGUCGAGAAAAGUUCGGCGGCGAGGGGAGAAUCGAAACCUAAGGAGGAAAAGGAGGGCAGCCCUACAACGCCGCUUUCCCUGUCACUGAGCGUAGAGGAAGAAUCCGGUGAGAAUCCUCCCCGCUGUAAGCGGAGAGUCGCCUCCGCCGUCAGCAAAAAGCAGUCGAGGAAGGAUUUGAUGGAGAAAGUUGCCGAGAGCGCGGAACAGCGGAAAGUUUUACGGAAGGUAAUUUUGAAGUUUCUCCCUUUUUUCUUCUCCACUCUGUUUCCCCAAUCCGUCUAAUAUUGUCACUGGAAAUUUACUGUGGGGGGUUGCGGAUUAAACACAGGAGAUUGAGAAUGUAACCCGUUAUUACAAAACUUUGGAAGAGGAAAAUUCGAAACUGAAAGCCAUUGAAGAACAGCUGAGGCUUGGCAAGGAAGAGAAAAGGCCUGGAUUAACCGAAACCCAAUUGGCCCAACCGAGAGCCGGUUCAGUGGUUGUGAAUGAAAAUGCAGUGGAGGAAUCACUGAUUCGAAAGGUUGGGGUGGUGCCUCCGUGUUCAUCUAGCUGCAGCAGCAGUGGUAACAAUAAUAAUAAUGGCAGCGGGGCGAUUGGGAUUGAUCUGAACAGCGGGAGUGGGAAUGUGAAUGUGUGUUUUCCGGUGGGGGAAGGGAGGUGGGAGGAGUCGAUUUUGGGGGACUGCUGGCUGCGGCGGUUUGAUGAUUCAGGGCUAAGGGCGGCAACGGCGGCGACGGCAAGGAAGAGGAGGAUUGAGAAGAGGAGGGAACAAAAAGAGCGACGGCGGCGAGGGUUAACUAAUAUUAGGUGGGCUUGUUGGAGUGAGAAAAACUUUAACUAAUAUGAUAGUGCUGCGUAGUUUUUUAGUUAACUAAUUGUAUUAUUAUUAAUCUUAUGAUUAUCGGCUUAUAUAGAUUAUUAAUCAAUAUUUUUGGAUUAAGUUGCUUAUUAGUUACUUUUUCCUUAAGCAAAACAGAUCUAAGGAUGUUUUAUUAUUGUUAAUGCUGGCAGCUCUAGUGGU